GCGCAGUUUUGCUGCCGUCUUCUGGCCCCGGCCUCUGGCAGCGGUGUGAUGGCUGAGGCGCAGGAGCCGCUGUGGGGGUUGGUGGAGGAGUUCGUGUCAGGACAGCAGGAUAGCAGAGCGGCCGAGGUGGCAGCAGGUGUGAAGGAUGGGGCGUUCACGGUGUUACAGGUGGUGGAAGCUCUUGGGUCCUGUCUGGCAAGCCCUGAACCCAGGACUAGAGGGCGAGGCGUUCAGCUCCUCUCACAGGUCUUACUACAGUGUUAUGCCAACCUGAAAGAAAAAGAAGUGGAGGUCUUAGUUGUGUUUUAUGAAAACAGACUGAAGGAUCACCACGUCAUUAUACCACAUGUCCUCCAUGGACUCAAAGCGCUGAGUAUGUCUGUGGUCUUCCCCCCGGGGCGCGUGGUGUCGGUACUGAAAUCCAUAUUCCAGGAAGUCCACGUUCAGUCUUUAAUGCAACUUGACCGUCACACAGUCUAUAGGAUCAUCACCAAUUUUAUGAACAACCGGGAAGAAGAGCUAAAGAGCCUUGGAGCAGAUUUCACAUUUGGGUUUAUUCAAGUCAUGGAUGGAGAAAAGGAUCCAAGGAAUCUUCUGGUGGCCUUCCAGAUUGUACAGAACAUCAUUACGAAGAACUAUUCUCUUGGUCCAUUUGUGGAGGAAUUAUUUGAAGUGACGUCCUGUUACUUCCCCAUUGACUUCACCCCUCCAUCCAAUGAUCCACAUGGAAUUACCAGAGAAGAUCUGAUACUGGGCCUCCGAGCUGUGCUGGCGUCUACGCCUCGUUUUGCUGAGUUUCUGCUUCCGCUGCUGAUUGAGAAAAUGGAUUCUGACGUACAAAGUUCCAAAGUGGAUGCAAUGCAAACAUUGACUGCGGCAUGUGCGCUGUAUGAACAGAAAGAACUGAAAGAGUUUCUGUCUGGCCUUUGGUCUUCCAUCCGCAGAGAGGUAUUUCAGACAGCGAGUGACAAGGUUGAAGCUGAAGGCCUGGCCGCUCUCCAUGCUCUGUCCGCCUGCCUGUCCCGCUCCGUCCUAGGUCCAGACUCUGAAGAUUUAUUAAAUACUUUCUUAACCAAUAUCUUGCAAGACUGCAAGCAUCAUUUGUGUGAGCCAGAUAUGAAGCUGGUAUGGCCCAGUGCUAAACUACUACAGGCGGCCGCUGGUGCCUCCCCCCGGGCCUGUCUAAAGGUGACCUGUAAUGUCCUGCCACUGCUUCUGGAGCAGUAUAACCAGCAUGAGCAGAGCAGCCAUCGUAGGACAAUACUGGAGAUGACGCUGGGAUUCCUCAAGCUGCAGAGUAAAUGGCUUCCAGAAGAGGAAGAGAAUGGGCUGAGUCAAUUCAAAGACCCCCUGUGCAGUAUGGUGUUCUCCGCAGUCACUGAUCCCAGUCCACAGCUCCAUCAAGUAGCCGUAAAAACUCUCACCGUGUUGGGCACACACCAAGGUUUCUUAUCAUCUGGUGACAUUGAUCUGGUGGUUGACCACUUGACCCGGCUUAUCCUGGAAGAAGCAGAUGCUCAGAGCUGCCAGGCUGCGAUUGAAUCUUUAGGAUCAUUGGCCCGAGUUCACCCUGCAGCGUUUACCAGUCGUAUGGUGCCUCAGCUCUGUUCAAGGCUGCAAACAGUGCCUAUGGAGGGUGCUGAUCACCCUGCCAGCGUUGUACCCCAGCACAGUAUAUGGCAGCGCUGUCUUGAAGCCUUAGCUGCAGUGUCUACACAUUACAGUAUUGUUCAAGAGACUGUGCCAAUACUACUGGAUUAUGUGCGACAAUCACAAAAAGGAGAAAGAAGUGCAGAAGAUGUGGUCACUGUGUGCAAGAGCCUUCAUCAUGUCGCAGUGCUGUGCCAAGAAAACGCAGAGUCUCUCUGUUACUAUCACCAGAAAGUGGUGCCCUGUCUGCUGUCCCUGACCAUACAGGCUGCAAUGCAAGACAGGGGGGAUGCAGCAGAUCUUCACGUCCUCCUCCAUGACAGCCUCCUUACAGCUAUGGCGUCAUUAAUCAUUGCGUCCACCACACGCCUCAGCCCUGAGUUACAGUCUUCAAGUGUUUCCCAGGUUGUAAACCUGUUUCUGGAUGGGGAUGUCUCCAUUCUUACAGAGAAUAGCUUUACCUCCAAGUUCCUUCCUUUCCAGGUUGAUGGAUCGGCAGCCACUCAGAGCCGCCUAGUUGCGCUGCUUAUGGCUUAUGUCUGCUCAUUGCCAAGAAAUGUGGAGAUCCCACACCUAAGCCGCUUGCUGCAGGAUUUGCUGUCCCUGAGCCUCGCUGGAUGCUGUGCCUUUGCUUUCACAUCUGCUGCUAAAUGCUUUGCUGGUCUGAUAAAUAAAUGUCCUGCAGGGGAGCAGCUUGAUGAUAUUCUUCAGAGUGCGUCUCACGAACUGACGUCAGGACUGGAAGAUGAAAGCAGAAGAACUCAGGCUGUGACGCUGCUUGCUUGGGUAACCAAAGCUUUGAUACUACGGUACCAUCCCAUGAAUGGACAGCUCACUAACAAGAUGAUCGGUUUGUUGUCUGACAGAGAUCUCGGACCCCUGGCUGCUGACAUGUUCUCUCUUCUCGUCUCCGAUUCCCCUGAUAUCCUUAACAAAGCAUGUCACGCCGAUAUCCGCAUCAUGUUCCGCCAGAGAUUCUUCACGGAGAAUGUGCCCAAACUGGUGCAGGGUUUCCAUGCUGCUAAUGGAGACGACAAGCCCAAUUUCCUAAAAGCCUUGUCCCAUGUGCUGAACUGUCUGCCAAAGCAAGUUCUCGUCACAGAACUCCCAUCGUUGAUCUCCUUGCUGCUCGAGGCUUUAUCCUGCCCUGACGAUGUGGUUCAGCUUUCCACACUGACCUGUCUGGAGCCACUACUUCUAGAUGCUGCUGACAUAUUGAGUGUUCAUAUAGAUACCCUCAUCUCAAGGCUCCUCCGCCUGACGUGUAGCCCCAGCAUGGCGGUGAGGAUUACAGCUCUAAAGUGUAUGCUGGCCCUUCCAAAGCUCCCUUUGCCUAUGCUCCUGCCUUACAAGCAACAAGUGAUCCGUGCCUUAGCUAAACCGCUUGAUGAUAAGAAGAGACUAGUUAGGAAGGAGGCUGUUGAGGCCCGAUGCCAGUGGUUCCUGCUCGGGAGCCCCGGCAGCUGAGACUCCUGAAGAUGGAUAUUUGCACGGAGACAAUCUAACCAGGAUGCCACUUCUUUACUGACCUGUAGAUCGCCAAUGUCAUAAUGCCAGUGCCAUCUUGUUUAGCCACCUCUACCACGAGGGACAGCCAGAAGACUCCCCCCUCAUAUUUCUUGCAUUCCAGAUUUGCUUUGCGUUCAGUACUUCGCUCCCGGAGCUGGAUCAUGAAUUAUGUUGCACUUGAAUAACAUUAGCAAAAAUUUACAAUAGGAAGUCUCCUGGCUGGCGUAGACGGACUAGACUAUGAAAUCUAACGAGGGACAGUCUUUUAAGGCGGAAGGAUUCUAGUUGGGCUGAAGAGCGCUAUUCCUUCGGGGACAGUAUCUCAAAGUUGGCUGUAGCCUUAGAUAGUGAUGGUCACUCUGGGGUUGGGCUCGGUGUAGGCACAGCUGAUGACAUCACAACAUUUUUAGUACAACAUAACACCCCCAACUGGAUCAUACAUUAUUUUGCACAUAUGUAAUUUUGAUUUUGCAGGUUAACAGAGUAUGUUAUAGCUAUUACGUGUUCACAACAGAGGAAAAAUAUAUGUAAAGCAACAUUGACUUUUACACCUUUCCAAAAAAUCUUUUCUGGUUUGUGAAUAGAGAUCAUUUCGAAAGGUUUGCAUCAAGUUUACAUUAGGAAAUAAAGCCGCUAUGUUCAA